CCCAUUCGCUCUCUCUCUCUCUUUCUCUCUCUCUCUCUCUCCCUCUGGAGCCAGAAAGGAGAGCGGCGCGAAAGAGCUCGUCGCCCAGAGAAACCGCAAUAUUCAUCAUCGGACUGGACAGCGCUCAGCGAUCGCUUCCUUUCAUCAGCAAAAGAAGCCUAGUUGCCCCUCGUUUGCGGUGGUCCCAGGAUUGUCGAGCUGCACCCAGCUGACAGGCUUUUGAAGAUGGCACAAUAAUAGCCCAGUGAUGCCUGACCAUGACAGCGUAGCCCUCUUAAGCAGACAAACCAAGCGACGACGAGUUGACAUUGGAGUGAAAAGGACUGUAGGGACAGCGUCUGUGGAUUUUUCUCGUGCAAAAGCAACCAUAUUCAGUGCCAUGAAUUCCCACGGUGCCGAGCAGGAUGUUGAGUGUUCGAUGGUGCAGCAUGGAGAUGGGGAGAAGUCUAACGUGUUGCGCAAGUUGCUCAAGAGGGCCAACUCCUAUGAAGAUGCCAUGAUGCCCUUUCCUGGCGCUACAAUAAUCUCCCAGCUGCUGAAGAACAAUAUGAUCAAAAAUGGUGGCAAUGAGGCCACCUUCCCGGGCAGUGGCCUCUCCAGCACAGGCUCAGAAAUCCAUCAGGAGGAUGCCUGCAGCAACUCGUCCCGGGAGAGCCCCCAAGAGUGCCUCUCGCCCUUCGGCCGACCCGCCAUGAGUCAGUUUGACAUUGAGCGGCUCAGCGAUGAGCACCUGAGGGCCAAGCGUGCUCGGGUGGAGAACAUCAUCCGCGGCAUGAGCCACUCACCCAGUGUUACCAUGCGGGCCGGCGAGCAUGACCGAGAGGGCCCACCACAGCCUCCCAGCAGCCCCCGGGAGAGCUACCGGGAGAACAAGCGAAAGCAGAAACUGCCCCAGCAGCAGCAGCAAAGCUUCCAGCAACUGGUGUCAGCCCGCAAGGAGCAGAAGCAUGAGGAGCGACGUCAGCUAAAGCUGCAGUUGGAGGACAUGCAGAAGCAGCUGCGGCAACUACAGGAGAAGUUCUACCAGAUCUACGACAGUACUGACUCAGAAAACGAUGAGGACGGGAACCUCUCAGAGGGCAGUGUGCGCUCAGAUGGUGCUGGACGCCAGGGACCGGACACUGCAGCUGACCGCUCUGACAAUGAGAUGUCUGACAUGGAUCCCGGACACUUUCUGGACCGUGCCCGUGCCCUUCUCCAGGAGCAGGCCGCGGUAGGGGAGGGUGACAAGCAUAAGCACGAAAGCAGCCGGGGCAAGGCACAUGGCCCCACCUCAAUGCAUGCAGAAGGGAAGCAGCUGGCUGAGACCCUGAAACAGGAGCUCAACACAGCAAUGUCCCAGGUCGUGGACACAGUGGUGAAAGUCUUCUCGAAGCCCCCACAGCCAGUUCCUCAGGUCUUCCCAGCCAUUCAGAUGCCUCAGGAUCGCUUUGCAGUGAACGGAGAGAACCCCAACUUCCACACAGCCAACCAGCGUUUGCAAUGUUUCGGAGAUGUCAUCAUUCCCAAUCCUUUGGACACCUUUGGCAGCAUACAGGUCUCUAGCACCAAUGACCAGACUGAAGCUCUGCCUCUGGUGGUCAGAAAGAACUCCUCGGACCACCAGUCCUCUUCGGUGGCCUCUCAUGGGGGCCAUCACCAUCCCUCCCUGCAUCCUUCCCCACUGUCUGCAACUGUGGGCUUCAGCCCUCCAUCUUUCCGUCACCCAUUCCCCCUUCAGCUCAUGGGUUACCCUUUUCAGAACCCUUUAGGCACCCCAUCCAGUGGCUAUGCAGGCAAGGACAGGUCCUCCCCAGAGUCCUUGGACCUGUCCAGGGAAACCACCAGCCUGCGGACCAAGAUGUCGUCCAAUCACCUGAACCACCAUCGCUCUCUCUCACCCUCACACCCAGGCAGCACCACUGAGGGCCUGUCUCUGUCUCUGAUCAAAUCUGAAUGUGGGGACCUCCAGGACAUGUCUGACAUCUCUCCAUAUUCGGGAAGUACACAAAUCCAGGAAGGGCUUUCACCAAAUCACUUGAAGAAGGCCAAGCUGAUGUUCUUCUACGCAAGAUACCCCAGUUCCAACAUGCUGAAAAUGUACUUCUCUGAUGUGAAGAAGUUCAACAGGUGCAUCACAUCCCAGCUCAUCAAAUGGUUCAGCAACUUCCGUGAGUUCUACUACAUCCAGAUGGAAAAGUUUGCCCGGCAAGCCAUCAACGACGGUGUGACGGGCGCUGAGGAGAUGAGCGUGACGCGUGACUGCGAGCUCUUCCGUGCCCUCAACAUGCACUACAACAAAGCCAACGACUUUGAGGUUCCGGAGCGAUUCCUGGAGGUGGCGCAGAUCACGUUACGGGAGUUUUUCAAUGCCAUUGUCGCGGGCAAGGAUGUUGAUCCUUCCUGGAAGAAGGCCAUCUACAAGGUCAUCUGCAAGUUGGACAGUGAAGUUCCAGAAGUUUUCAAAUCCCCCAACUGUCUGCAAGAGCUCCUGCAUGAGUAAAGUUUUACACUACUUUUGUUUUUCCUUCGAAUGUAUGAAGUAGCAUUCCUGAUUUGAAGCCCCAGCUGUUUUGGAAUUACUUAGUUGUUCCCUCUUGUUCCCUUCUCCUUAUGAAAAGACUUUGAGAUUUUUUUUUUUUUGGAUUUUUGACUGUGCAAAUUCCCUUUCUCCUUCCCCUGAACUGUGGGUAUGGUCGCUUUUCCACACCUAGUGGCUGUCUUACCCAUAGGCAGAUGUUCUCUUCAUUUGGUCACACAAACAGUUGUGUUUCUUCCCACACACACGUGAGAUGCGUGAAGGUUUUGUGUAAAAUAGGGCAUUAAAUUUAUAGAUUGUACAGAUGUUAUUAUUAUUAUAAUUGUUACUAUUAUUAUUGCUAUUAUCUA